AUGGCGCCGUGCUCAGCCAGACUCGAUGACGGCACCGGAAGUAUAGAGGUCAAGGUCUGGGUCGAUUCCGACUCAUCUGAACAGCCCAACCCAACCAAAGCCAAGCUUGUUGAAGGUGCAUACUGCAGAGCAUGGGGCAAAUUAAAAAUCUUCAACGACCGGAGAUCUGUGGGAGCGACCGUCAUCCGCCCAAUCGAAGACAUGAACGAGGUUUCCUUCCACCUGCUCGAAGCGACCGCUGUACAUUUACACUUCACUCGCGGGCCACCUGGUGGCGCGCGGACUGCUGGUGCCAACGCAAAUGGUGCGGCAGGACAGCAACAACAAAAAGCAGCCGGUGGUGAAUAUGGCGGCUACGAUCUCAGCAAAUACGGUCCGGUAGCGAAGAAGGUGUUCCAGUAUUUGAGGGAAGCACCGCAGUCGAACGAGGGUCUGAAUCAGCAUGAGAUUGCUGCAAAGCUCGGUAUCGAUACAGCCGAUGUUGCAAAGGGUUCCGAUGAGCUUCUGUCUGCAGGUCUCAUCUAUACCACCGUUGAUGACCAGACCUGGGCAAUCCUCGAGGCCGACUAAGCGCGAUGCUGAGUUAAGUAGGGGUGUAUCGCCAAUCACAACGGGUAGUGCAAAGUGUGCGUCAUACUGAGUAUGCCAUUUACAAGGCACUCCAUUUCUCUUCCAGAAGCAUCUACUACUUUUCUUCGUUUGUAGCGAUGAAUAAGAUACAUGUACCAACAA